AUGCAUCUGCUGGUGGCCGCCUGUCUGGCCGCACUGGCCCGCGCCGAGGGCCCGGCCCCUGCCGACCCACACCAACUGCCGGCUGCCCACACGACCGGGGAGCACGGCCGCUACGCCCACUACGCCAUCGUCAGCCAGGAGCACGUGCAGCCGGGCGACGGCUCGUACCAGUCGAGCUUCCAGACGGAGAACGGCAUCUACCGUGCCGAGAACGGCAGCCCCCGACCCGGCUACGGCGCCGGCGAGCACGGCCAGCCCACCGGCGGCUACGUCCACCAGGGCAGCUGGAGCUACACCGACGACUACGGCCAGCCGGUGAAGGUGGACUUCGUGGCCGACGAGAACGGCUACCGGCCCAACAGCGACAUCCUGCCGACACCGGUGCCGACCCAGUACCCGCUGCCCGUGGUGCCUCAGGUGUACCAGGGCGAGGGGGCAUACGGCCCGGCUGCGUCCAGUCACAAGGCUCCAGCUCCUGCCAGCUACAAUAAGGCCGCUACUGCCACCUACAGCGACCCAGGUGCCGCCAUCUACAGCAGCCCAGCUGUCGCCACCUACAGCAGCCCAGCUGCCGCCGCCUACAGUGGUCCACUGGUGGCCGCCUGUCUGGCCGCACUGGCCCGUGCCGACGGCCCGGCCCCUGCCGACCCACACCAACUGCCGGCUGCCCACACGGCCGGGGAGCACGGCCGCUACGCCCACUACGCCAUCGUCAGCCAGGAGCACGUGCAGCCGGGCGACGGCUCGUACCAGUCGAGCUUCCAGACGGAGAACGGCAUCUACCAUGCCGAGAACGGCAACCCCCGGCCCGGCUACGGCCCCGGUGAGCCCGGCCAGUCCACCGGUGGCUACGUCCACCAGGGCAGCUGGAGCUACACCGACGACUACGGCCAGCCGGUGAAAGUGGACUUCGUGGCCGACGAGAACGGCUACCGGCCCAACAGCGACAUCCUGCCGACACCGGUGCCGACCCAGUACCUGCUGCCCGUGGUGCCUCAGGUGUACCAGGGCGAGGGGGCUUACGGCCCGGCGGCGUCCAGUCACAAGGCUCCAGCUCCUGCCAGCUACAAUAAGGCCGCUACCGCCACCUACAGCGACCCAGCUGCCGCCACCUACAGCGGCCCAGCUGUCGCCACGCACAGCGACCCGGCUCCUGCUGGCUACCAGGCGCCAGUUGCCGUCCGCCUGGUGGCCGCCUGUCUGGCCGCGCUGGUCCGUGCCGAGGGCUCGGCCCUCGCCGACCCACACCAACCGCCGGCCGCCCACACGGCCGGCGAGCACGGCCGCUACGCCCACUACGCCAUCGUCAGCCAGGAGCACGUGCAGCCGGGCGACGGCUCGUACCAGUCGAGCUUCCAGACGGAGAACGGCAUCUACCGUGCCGAGAACGGCAGCCCCCGACCCGGCUACGGCGCCGGUGAGCACGGCCAGCCCGCCGGCGGCUACGUCCACCAGGGCAGCUGGAGCUACACCGACGACUACGGCCAGCCGGUGAAGGUGGACUUCGUGGCCGACGAGAACGGCUACCGGCCCAACAGCGACAUCCUGUCGACACCGGUGCCGACUCAGUACCCGCUGCCCGUGGUGCCUCAGGUGUACCAGGGCGAGGGGGCGCACGGCCCGGCGGCGUCCACUACAGUGGCCUAG